CUUUGGCUGCGCAAGCGUGGUCAGUUGGUAUCGACAGUUGCAGCGCCGGAUGUGAGGACAUCGCCGGAGCUGAAAAUGCAUUGAAAUUAUACGAGAAAUUGUGCAGUUCUGAACAAUAAUUAGUGAUUGUUACGUGUGUGCUCAAAGAGUUUCGGGACUUUGAAAAAUGACGGUUCUUUUAAAGGUAUCAAUCCUUCUGGGAAUUGUGUGUGCGGUGUUGGGUGAAAAGAAAAUAGAGCUACAGGACAUAGAGGAAGACAAUUUAAAAAGUGAAAAGGAGACGGAACUUGGGAAUUCGGGACACGGUUUACAAACCAGUUCAAAUUCUGAGACAGGGCUGAUACCAUUAGAGUUUUUGAAGAGCGGUCUGUUACGGUACUUUCAAGCGACUCCAGCUCCGGAAUCGCGUUACCUUCACCAAUAUUCCGUCAGUGAAGCCCCAGAAAGAAUACAAGCUCCUGUUGUUCAACCAAAGCCGCAAUUUGGGACGUCUGCAACCCAACAAGCUAUGGUCGGCUACUUACCUAACGUGCCGAUGCAAAUUUAUUUAGUCCCGCAAUAUUAUGAUCAAUCAGGUCAUGAACGUACUCCAGAAUCUGCCAUUCAGUACACUUCCGCUGGGGCCACUCAGGCGGGCGAUUAUCAGGGACAGCAUGAAGCCGUUCAAACUCAAACUAAUUACAUAGAAGUGCCAGCGUAUGUGACGCCUACAGCAAAGACUUAUGUACCGCAUUAUACCAGCCACGUUGUUAAUUAUACUCCACGGCCCACAGUUGCGCCACAGCCAACAGUGUCUUCGGUGAUUUAUCGUCCUUCCAUACUGCAAUAUCAAGCUCCAGCUAUAGUAGCACAAAAUAGUCCUGCUAAGCAAUAUUACCAAAAUGUACAAUAUACCGAAACGACAGAUAUCGACGAAGGCCAAGAACACGAAGACUCCAAUAGUAAUACUCACGCAGAAGUGACUUACCAAAAGGUACCAGCACAGGAAUAUCAUCGACAUUACCCAUCAAGGACUCCACUUAGAGAAGAAUACCGGCACAGCACUGUUCCAGAAUUGCCGCAUCCGAAUUCUUUAUUGUUGAAGGGUAGUCCGUCUCAUUUGCCGAAAGCUUUACCUUUAUAUCGUCCUAUAACGCAACCCGUUUAUUCAAAUGCAAUUCACAAUACUGUUUUCACCCCCCGACCUCAGUCACCACCCUACGCUUCUCCAUUCAAACGCCGUCCAACAUCUCUUUUAGACUCUUACAUUCCUUCUCACGUCCAAAUAGAGUAUAUGAGGAGAGGAUUCGCCAAAAAUCCUGCAGAGGCAUUUGAGGCGUUAUCCAGUGGUCGUCAUUUGACGCAUUCUCACGCCCCACCAGGAAAUUAUGAAAGAGGAUUCCUUCCUAAUCAAAUGUAUCAUACUGCUGGAGGAGGCGUUACAUUUGGACACUAUAAACGAUCACCCAAAGGAAAUAGCCGACAGCAAAAAUAAUAUACAUAGAUAUUUAUAAAAUUCAAUUGUAAAUUGUAUACUUGAUGAUAUUUAAAGACUUGAAAUAAUUAAUAAUGUAGGAUAUAAGUUCUAUUUAAGUUAUGAGAUUUAAA